AUGACCAUAGUCUCAAAUGAUCCCACUUGGUGGCCGACCAUCAAGGCAUAUCGUCUUUUUAGCUAUUUUGCAUGUUCGUGGAGCAGUCGGAUGUCGAAGCUGAUGUCUCAAUCUAACCUUGGCUGCGGUUUCGCAGUUGCUGCCUUCAUUGGAGUGACGUAUGAUUGGGCACUUACAGUCGGACAAGAGGUCGAAUUGGUGUGGAGGCAACGCUGGUCCAUAAUGACAAUUAUGUAUCUCAGUGUGCGCUACCUUGGAAUAUUAUUUGCUGGAAUGAUUAUGCUGGGCUUUAUCGUGUACACUGUACGGAAUUGGACGAGUGUUUUUGCAUUUGCAAUGCUGUGGGUCAUCAUCAUGACUCGGUUACAUGUCAUGUAUCAACGAUCCAGAAAGAUCCUGAUAUUUCUCAUUGUCACCUUCCUGGCUAUGAACAUUUUCACCGGAGUGGUCACCUUGAUGAUAACUCUACAUGCUUCAGCGGAGAUACUCGUUCUCUCCGGCACUAAUCAGUGCUUGAUUCGCUAUGCGGAAGAUUCACUUCUGGAUUCUGUUAAUUGGAUACUCACCACUAUAUGGGAGGUCCUCACACUGUGUCUCGCAGUCUGGAUUGCUGCAAAACGCUUCCGUGAAUUGCGACAACAUUCGGCGGGAAGAAUUAUCGAGGACUGUUUCACGGUGUUGAUGAAAACUCACGUGCUUUACUUUGCGAGUUUUGUUGCUGUUUCUUGCUUGCAGCUCAUCAUUGAUUUCUCCUCAAUACCCUUGGCAGAAGAUUCCGUGGACGCUCAACUUUAUGUUGGGUUUCUUCAUAUUUUUUUUCUCGGUCGUGCAGAUGUUUGUGCUCGGACCACGCCUGAUCCUUGGUCUUCGAGAAUAUCACGCUAA